AUGACCGGCAGGAAGAUGCGCUCGCCGGAGACGCGGAGGUUUUUAGUGUUUCUAGUGCUUAUCACGGGUUUUGCCUCGACGAAGGCGUUCUAUCCGCUGUACCCAGAAAUUCAAGACUUACACUUGCGAGCGAAUGCGAAAGCGAAUGCUACGUGCGGGGAGAGCAGACCAGAAACUUAUUGCUACUCGGCUGAGUUCGGGUCAAUCUGUAAGGUUUGCGACAGCAAUCAGAAUCGGCAUGCUGUCCAGGAUAUAUUGGAUGGUCGGAGGGAUACUUGGUGGCAGAGUCCGUCAUUGCACGAGGGCGAGAGGAACUUCGUUACGAUCACCAUAAAUCUCAAUGAGGUCUACGAGAUCACUGAAGUUGUGCUCAAAGCCCACAAAGUCAACAGACCAGGAAACUGGAUCUUGGAGAAAUCAGUAGACGGUGUCACAUUUCUGCCUUGGCAAUUCCACGCGAUCUCCAACAUGGAAUGCUGGGAAGCGUACAGGAUAAACCCAACACCCGACUUCCCGUCGUAUCAGACGGACGACCAAGUUAUCUGCACGGAAUACUUCUCGGCGCCUGGAGGGAACCAGAUGGCUUUCUUUGAAACGACCAAAGGUCGCUCUGGGGAAGCCGCAAACGGCGACACUCUGCGCCAAUUCAUGAAAGCUCGGUAUAUCCGAAUUCGAAUGCAGAAAUUGUUGGCCAGUACCCCCGAAGGCGAGAAAAGUUCCGUGACCUCUCCCACCAAGUUCGGUCAAGACGGAAAAGAGUUCUUCUAUGCCAUAAGUGACGUGGAAAUCAGAGGUCGUUGUGCCUGCAAUGGUCACGCUUCCCGAUGCAUACCGGACGGGAAUUCAGGCCAGAUGAGGUGCCAAUGCGAGCACAAUACUUGCGGCAAACACUGCGAUCAAUGCUGUCCUAAAUUCUCCGCCAAGCCGUGGGUCAGAAACGAUACAUGCACUCCUUGCGAAUGUAACGGUCACGCAACGGAAUGCAGAUUCGACGAACAAGCGGACUCGGUGUGUGUUCACUGUACCGGCAAUACCGCCGGUCAAUUUUGUGAAAAAUGCAAACCAGGAUUCUACAGGACGGCAAAUAUGCUGCCCCAUGACGAUUGCAUACCGUGCAAGUGCGGCAAAGACGGCGCGAGUGGAGACUGCGUUCCGGACAAUUCCUUCGAUCGGCGCGAGCCCGGCGAAUGUAUCUGUGCCACCGGGUACACGGGGAAAGAUUGCACGGAAUGUGAAAUCGGAUAUCGGAAAAGCGGUUCAAGCUGCAUCGAAUGCAGCUGCGAUCCCCGGGGCGCUGCCGUGAAUGAUUGCGAUGCCGAUGACUGCCGAUGCAAGUCGCACGUGAAAGGAAUCACUUGCAAUCAAUGCAAGGCAGGUUUCUACAACUUGAACUUCAACAAUCCGAACGGAUGCGCGGAAUGCUAUUGUUUCGGUAUCACGAAUCGUUGUCAAGAGAGUGAUCUACCCGUGAGGAUUAUCGAGAAAGAGCCCGCCCACUGGGAGGUCUCCGAUCUGAACAAUCAACAAAAACUACCCACUCACCCUAGUGAAGACUUCCCUGGAGCCACCAGGGAGGCUCUCCUGGACUUGGCCACCUUCAAUCCUGCCGACAAAAUCCUGUAUUGGAAAGCACCUCGCGAAUACGUCGGAGCGAAGAUGAAUUCCUACGGAGCUGCCCCGGACGUCAAAGUGUCGUUCGAGCCGUCGAGAGGAGACGUUUCGGAGGGAGGUUUCUUGGAUAAGAGGGCUGAUAUUGUUCUCAGGGGCAAGAACGGCAAACUGAUCGGAGCGGUUUCUGCCGAUGUCAAGCCGACGGAUGAACAAGCGCAGUACCACAUUCAGAAUCCUCUCCGCGAACACGGAUUCUACUACGUGUCGGACCCGGACACUGGGGAGCUCAGCAAGGAGCCGGUCUCUCGCGAGGAUUUCACCGUGAUCCUCUACGACCUUGAAGACUUCUAUGUCAGAGCUCGUUAUCACAAAGGACAAUACGCCGGAUGGCUGCACAAUGCUUCGAUGCCCGUAGCCUCUACCGAGGUGAACAGCAUUGAAAAAGCUCUUUUCCUCGAGCACUGUUUCUGCCCUGAAGGCUACGAGGGCCUUUCAUGCGAGCUCUGCGCCAAGGGAUACCGCCGAGUUAAUAACACGCUUGUCAAGGGCAUAUGCGAAAAGUGUCCGUGCAACAACCAUGUGGACCGCUGCGAUCCUUAUACGGCUCAGUGCGGACCAUGUCUUCACAACACGAUGGGAACUUUCUGUGAGAAGUGCAAGUUCGGCUUCUACGGAGACGCGACCAUCGGCAAAGAGGACGACUGCAAACCUUGCGCUUGUCCAUUGACGAUCCCGAGCAAUAAUUUCGCGGACGGCUGUAAAUCAGUCUCUGAGACAGAGUACGAGUGCAUCAAUUGCAAGCCCGGCUACACCGGGAAACAUUGCGAGCGCUGCUCGGAAGGCUACUUCGGGAACCCUACCGUUCCGGGAGGCAAGUGCAUUCCCUGCCAAUGCGGUCCCAAUGUCGACAAAAGCCGGAAAGGUUGGUGCGAUCAUCGCACGGGUUACUGCAAUUAUUGUCUCGGCAAUACGGACGGUUGGAACUGCAGUCGAUGCAAGAAACUCUUCUAUGGCAAUCCGCAAAUACCCGACUGCAAAGCGUGCGAAUGUGAUCCCGUUGGCUCUUCGGAGAUGCAAUGCGAUCCCGUCACGGGGCAAUGUAAAUGUCAUCCUGGUUUCGGAGGCCGUACGUGUAAAACAUGCGACGUCGGAUUCGGAGACAUCGCUCAGAAGUGUAUCGAGUGCAAAUGCAACCCCAUCGGAAGUAACUCGACCGUCUGCGAUCCCUAUACUGGUCACUGCAUUUGCAAAGAGGGAGUCUUCGGACAGCAUUGCGAUCAAUGCAAAGACCUUCACUACGGGUUUUCUACCUCAGGAUGCAAAUUCUGCGAUUGCUACGCGCCUGGAUCCCACGAGCAACAGUGUGAUGUUGAGACAGGUCAAUGCAAGUGCUAUCCACAUGUUAUCGGCCGCCGGUGCGAUAAGUGCGAGAGCGGUUUCUGGAACAUUCAGACCGGGGCUGGAUGCGAACCUUGCAAUUGCAAUUCCGUCGGAGCGUCGGGACCCUCCUGUGACAUUCGGACCGGACAGUGUAUCUGCAAGCCCGGCGUCGGAGGGAAGAAAUGCGAUGUUUGUUUGCCGAACCACCGCAAGUUCGGUCCCCAAGGCUGUUUCAAAUGCGAGCCUUGCGACGCACCGGGACACGUGUGCGAUGAAGAAACAGGAAGCUGUAUCUGUCCGAAAAACACAGGCGGACCGGACUGUUCGCGCUGUAAGGAAGGCUACUUCGGUUACAUACCGCAGGAAGGAUGUCGACCCUGCGAUUGUAAUUCGGUCGGAUCGCUGAGCGUCGACUGUGAUGGGAACGGACAGUGUCGUUGCAGAGAAGGUUUCGAAGGCGUCAAGUGCGACAAAUGCACUUUCGGCCAUUAUGGAUUCCCCCACUGCAGACGAUGCGAAUGUAACCUCGAGGGAACCAAGCCCGAGCAGUGCCGAAACGGCAUUUGCGGCUGUGACGACGACGGCUACUGCCACUGCAAGGAGAACGUCGAAGGAACAAAAUGCGACACCUGCAAACCAGGAGCUUUCGCUUUGCAAUACGAUAAUCCGAGAGGUUGUACCGAGUGCUUUGUUUUCGGACGCACUUAUCCCCCCAAGUGUACCCAGUCUCCGUUCGUGUGGUCGGAGAAAUCGAUGGUCCUCCCGUACGAAGUGACUUUCAGGACUGGAGGAUCUAGAGAUAAACCUCUACCAACGCGCGAGGGCUUCACACACAUUCCGAUGACAACCAACAGAACCACGGUCACGGUCGAAGUGCCCUUCAUGCUGAGCAAGCCUCUCUACUGGGAACUGCCGGAGCAGUUCCUGGGGGACAAAGUUCGCGCGUACAACGGUCUAUUGAAAUUCAAGAAAACAUCUCAAUCGAGCGACGUGUUCCCGGAGAGAGUGCUGGAUAACCAUCCGCUCGUUGUACUUUUCGGGAACUUCCGUUUACGCCUCGCGCACAAACCACCGAAACAGGAACGACCGUUCCGCAACGGACAUUACAGCGUGCGACUUCACGAGGACGAAUGGAUGGACUUGGAUAAUCCGCGGGUGAACGUCACUCGACCAAUGCUGAUGGUGGCGCUGCAGAAAAUCGAUCAUUGGAUGAUACGAGCAACAGAAGGCUCGGACGUGAAAUUCGCGAGUCUUGAAGACGUCGUCCUGGAGUACGCUGUCCCCGAAGAGCAAGGCAUCAUAUCAGGAGUUUUGCCGAGAAUCGCCUACGGAGUCGAGCUCGGUUUUUGUCCCCGGGAAUACACCGCGUCUUCGUGCCAGGAUCCUGCGCCUGGCUACUAUCGCAAGCGCAAGCCAAAUUUCCUGGACAGCAAGGACAUACUCGAUCUCGUCGGCUGGGCCGAACCCUGCGAGUGCAAUGGAAUGGCUAGCGAGUGCGACAAGGAAACCGGAGUCUGUUUCAACUGCCGAGACAACACAGUGGGAGAUCACUGUGAAAAAUGCGCUCCCGGUUUCUACGGAGAUCCUGUUCGAGGCAUCGCUUGCAAUCCGUGCGCGUGUCCCAGACCCGACAACUCGUUUUCCGACACUUGUGAAUACCGUGGGGAAGACUUCAGACAAUACGUCUGCACCAACUGUCAGAAAGGAUACACGGGACUCCGUUGCGAAAUCUGCGCUGACGGUUACUACGGUGAUCCGAACGUUGUGAACGGAACUUGCAAGGCCUGCAACUGCAAUCCAUACGGAACAAUCCAGGGUGGAGUCUGCGAUAAGAAGAACGGUCAAUGUCCCUGUAUUCCUGGAAUCUCGGGACGGGAUUGUACGGUUUGUCCACGACGGCACGUCUUCACAGAAUUCGGCUGCAAAUCUUGCGAUGACACCUGUACUGGAGCGCUGCUCAACGAUAUUGAGCAGAUGUUCGACUGGUUGAACCAUAUCGAUAUUAAUGAGCUCCUCAAAGCCCCGUGGUACAAUCUACUUCGUCUAAGCGAUUCCUUGCGGCGCACGAAAAAUGCUAUGGACGACUAUCGCGGUCAGAUUGAGGAAGCCGAAGGAAUUCUCCGGGAGUCCCUGUUUUCCAUAAACUUGGAGAGCCGCAUCCAGUCCAUCAACUACCAGCUCCAAACAAUUUUCAAUCAGAAAAUUCCCCGGGUGCGAAGCGACCUCCACGAGAUCGAGGUGCACCACAAGAAACAGAGGGUCGAGAUCGAAGACGAGUACAAACUCGUACAGCAUUUGGUAGAACUCAUGAAAAAGUACGGCUUCGGACCGGGAAGCACGACGUCCGCAGUCGAGAGGAUGUACCGGGAAGCCGAGGCUUGGCUAGAGUUCAUCCUAUCGGUUCGACGGGAAGUGGCUCCGCUCCCCGAGGAGGCUCUACGAGAGCUCAGGCAGGCGAACGGACUUAUCGAUCGAAUCCGAAACGCCGUGUUUGAUGAGGGAGCCCUGAGAGCACUCCUGCAACGUCUGAACAUUUUGCAAGAGCUGCUGAAAAGUGCCCUGACCUUGAUCAUCGAGAAAGGCCAGAACCCGACAAAGGAGGCUCUUGGAAUAAUUGAUGGACAAAUGCGAGUCUUCCAGUCCUUAAUUAGGAUGAUCGCUGCUAUCAACGAGGCUAGCAGUAAAACCACGGGUAUGAUCGCUAAGGCCGACACUCUACUGACGGAAAUCCGGAAACUCCUGAGAGCUCUCCAGCUGAAAUUCGACGAAAUUCCUGGCCUGACGACGGCCAUCGUGAAGAGAUCCGACGAAGUGGAAAAAAGACGCGCCAUUCUUUACCGACUCAACCCAGAGUACCGAAUCAAAUACGUGGAGAAAUGCAUUGCGCAUUCCAACGCGAUGACUGCCGAAAUUGAUCGCAUCUCGAGAAUGUUCCAGCAAACGGCUCUGCAAUCACUCAAGCCGCAAGAGGCCGCCAAAGUCUACCAGCUCUUGAUACAAGAGAUCAGGGCGGCCGCCGACGCAGUUCGUGACGCCGAAGUUGCCUUCGAAAUGGCCAGGGAAAAAUCCCAUCCUAGGGGAGGCGAGAGUCUCCUCCAAAUGGCCGAGAGAUCGUUGACAAUCAGCAAAGCAUUGUUGGCCGAUGCGAAGAAUCUCAAGGAUCGAGAGUUGCCCGGAGUGCACGAUUCGCUCCGGAACAAGAAAAGGUUGCUCUCGGACGCCGAUGUUCUCAUUGGGGAAAUAAUGAGGUUGCUCAAGGCCAUUCCACCACUCGAUCAAGUAAUAACUUCGUUCACCGAGUGGGACCCGAACGAUCCUAAAUAUAAGACGCUCCAAGACCAAGUGGCCUUCACUCGGCAACGCGUGGCCAAUUUAGUGCGGAGCAUUGAAAUCAUCAAAACUCGAGUGGAAGAGCUCUACGGCGGAUCAUCGGCGGGACUCGACGAUAUCGACAGAAUUCUGGAGGAAAUUAAGGGCGGCAUUGGACGAGUUCUGCAAGCGACAUCGGCUACUGAAGAGAAAGUCAAGCGCCUCGAGGAAAAAGAAAUCGAGUUCGGCGCGAACCUUGACGCCCUCCGGCGAAAGAUCCUCAACGCCCGACAGAAAGCCUCCAGCAUCCGAGUUUCCCUGAAUGGAAAAGACAACGGAGUCUGUCACCGAACAUUCCGACCGAUGAUGCAUUUCCCGACUUCGACAACCAUCGAAAUGACUUACUCGAUAAGCUCCGAAGCUGCAAACAGUCUGUUGUUCAUUGCGGCGAACACGCGCGGCAAGAAUGACUUCAUCGCUGUGGAAAUGGUCAAUCGACGAAUCAAAUGCAGUUGGAACAUCGGCGACGAGACCGUUUCUGUGGAGAACGAGCUGCGGAUCGAUAAUUCCGAUACCAGAUACAAUAAAGAGCCUAACUGGUACGACAUUGUCGUCGAGAGGACCAGGAACGUGGUUUCGCUCUACGUCAAGAGACGCAAGGAUAAUUUCAUCCUGAUGGCGAGAGGAAGCACUAGUCCUGAACGCGGUCAGCAGGUCAUAGACUCAAGCUCGUACUACAGUAUCGGCUCGAUACCCUCAAACAUCACGGCCUCGAGACAGUUGGUAGCCCAUAACUUCGUCGGCUGUCUCGCUAGUCUCAAAGUGGAUGGCAAACAGAUUGGUCUGUGGGACUUCCACUCCAACAGGGGCUGCGGCGGUUGCGUUGAGGGUCCCACAAAGGAGACUAAACAAGGGGUGUAUCAGUUCAGCGGCAGCGGAUACUCGAUCGUUGAUCAACCCUCGACGUACCGCGACAAGAAUUAUUUCGUACAGUUCGCUUUCCGGACUCUCGAUGAGAACGCACUCCUAUUCUUCGCGCCCAACAGAGCCGUUGGCGAUUAUUUCGCCAUUUUCCUCCGCGAUGGACAUGUGGUCUUUCGAUUCCGGGUGGGUCAGCACGACCUCGAGGUGUACACUGAGCGCAGAUACAAUGACGGCAAGUGGACGGUCGUUUCUGCCGAGAAGAAUCAACUCGACGGCAUCCUCUCAGUGAUACCCAAGGACGGAUAUCCCGAAAGGCUGACGGAGCAAAUGCGCCCGUCGGCCCAGUCUGCCCUGCCGUCUCUGCGACAGGCAAAGCUCUACUUCGGCGGAAUGCCACCAGUUUUCCCGUCGGCAAGAUUCUCAGAUCGGGUGAUUCUCGACGCCUUCCUCGGAUGUAUCAAGGACACCCAAUUGUAUUCGUCCGGCGUUGAUCUGAUGAAGACGUCGCACGGGGUCGAACUCGGCUGCGAAGUGAAGAAAAUUCCGGCGGUGAGCUUUGACGGCAAGUUAGGCAACUACGUGGAAUUGAAGAGCCACAAGCUACUCGAGCAAGGAAACUUCGGCUUCACCUUCGCUACAGAGAAGCCCGACGGUCUGCUCAUGCUGAGCACGUUCCUCACGCGAUCCAACGUCGAUAGAAGCCUGCGUGAGAAUUACUAUUCUGUUUCACUGAAGGAAGGACAUCUGAUUUUCAAAUUCGGUGUCGGCGAGAACCAUGGCGAGGUACAAUAUCGAACCAAGGAGACUUACAACGACGGCCGGCUGCACACGGUGUCAGUGCAUCGGGUUUCGAGAAAAAUCUCCAUCAAUGUCGAUGACGGUCGCUUCGGAACCCGGGAAGCGUUGCGUCUGCCAGCAGGUAUCGGAGACAUCAUGGCUCCCGGUGACGUGGGUGGCCUAUUCCUUGGAGGAUGCAGGACCGAUCUCAACACAGCGCACCAAGUCGCGACAUCCACCGCGUUCCAGGGAGUCAUAAAAGAUGUCAUCUUCAACGAUAACAUAGUCGGCUUCGAAGACCCAAUCAAUCAUAGGCACGCGAAGAUCGGCAGGGAAUUGGCGGAGAUGAAGAGUUACAUCGACCAUGAGGAGGACCUCGUGGAAGAACGAAUCACGGAGCACUGGCACACCGUGAGCUCUUCUCACGACACCGCGAAAGUGGGCCGCUGCAACAACGUACCUCACGAGAGCUUCGAGCCGAACGCGAUGGCUUUCGGAGAAUCUGUCCACUCGCAUAUCUCCUAUCCGAUCGAGGUCAGCCAGUGGCGACGAGAUUUCAGCAUUCGUUUUGAAGUCAAGGCUCAUCACCACUCGGGUCUUUUGGCGAUGUUGCGGAACAGCAAGCACGGCAAUCACAUCGCGGUCUUACUUCGAGACGGGCACAUUGUCGUCCAGCACAGGGACCGCCACAGGAACAUCAAGGAAAUUCAGUCCUCGUCGGCCGGAUUCGCUGACGAAAGAUGGCACAUCGUGAGCGUGCGCAAAGCGAACGAGACGGUCACACUCGAGGUCGACGACGUGGAGCAAGGAGUUGUGGAAGUUAAGAGGAACAUGCCCGUAUCUGCCCCGCUGUACGUGGGCGGUUUGCCCAUGUCCGUCCUGACUACCGCCGGCUUCUCGUCGGAUCCGUCGAUGUCGUCCGUGCACGGCUGCAUGUCGAAGCUCGAGUUGAACGGGCAGACAAUCGAUAUGCAGACCUCGACAAGGGUCACCAGGUACAACGCUGGUCCUUGUCCGACGAAAACUCGUCGAGGCGCCCAUUUCCGAGGGGACGCAUACGCAACCUACACCAAACGCUUCGAAUUCGCCGAAACGGUCCGCGUGGAACUGAAUAUUAAAACGAACGCGAAGGACGCUGUGCUCGUUUCAUAUACAUCCGAAUCGGAGAGACCGACAUUCUCUCUGGAGAUAUUCAACGGACAGCUCGUCGCAGCUUUGGACGUCGGAACGAUCAAGGAUCCCUUGACCUUGCGAGCGAAUACAACGCUCAAUUGCAAUCGCGAUUGGCAUCCCGUGCGAGCUUCGUUCGGAUUACGUCAAGUCUGGCUACAACUGGAUGACGAACGUCCUGUUGUCACAUCAGCGCCGGAAAGCUUUGCAUUACCUCCCGAACACGAGCUCACAAGAGGCCCUCUCUAUAUCGGAGGUCUCCCGUACACCGCGGAUAGAGGUGUCAUUUUAGCACAGAAAAAUCUCGUUGGGUGCAUUAGUGAUAUGAGCAUUGCAGGCGAGCCCGUUUCCUGGGGAAGCUUGCGGGAGGCGGUCCAUGUUCGACACCACAUGUGCCCCGAUUUUUGA